AUGAAGUUCCUCAUUCUUCAUGUUCUUCUCGCCAUCUUCGCCUUUUCGAAAUGCCAACCUCCCAAUGCUACUGAAGAGACAAGAAAUUUUGUCAAAACCUUCGAAGCCAAAAUCAGUGCUUUGCUGGCUGCUAAAAACUUUGAUGGUCUUUCAAAGUACAUUGCUGAGAAACUAACAUUUGGUGUCAAUGGUGUGAGCGGAUAUACAAGACAAGAAUUCAUCGAUUAUUUGAAAAAUGGAACAUUUGUUAUGUUCAAUGGAUUUGAUCCCAAAGAUUUACUGGAUGAUAUACAUAUUCAAAGUGAUGAAAUGUUUGUUUCUAGAAGUUGGAUAACUGGCAAAACUGAACGAAGAUUGUACUAUGCGCUAGAAGAACACGAUGGAACCGAGUUUGGCCGUCUUUUUAGUCGGUAUUUUGAGUGGAGUCAAAAAGCACCUGACUUUUUUUGA